UUCUCUUUCUCUCUCUAGACUUUGCGCAAAUAAUCGUUAUCUUUUUUCUCAUAUAAUUUCCGCCCCCGGUUUUGCCAUGCUUCCAUAUAAUCUCUCCAUUGUUUCUUUAAAUUUUCCAUCAUAUCACCAGACCCAUUUUAUCCAAAAAACACACAUCGAUCCUAUACGCCUGUCUCAUCAUCUAUACUACUUUUUAUACAUAUAUCAUAACAAUAUAAUUAUAAGCUAUAUAAUUAGUUAAAUAGAUAGUUAUUUGUGUGUGAUCAUCAUCAUAUAUAUAUUGGAUCUGAUCAGAAUUGAAGUUAAAGACAUAUCAGAUGACGAUUGAGGUAAGGUUGGCUGAUGUGAGUAGAAAUAAUAAUAUUAAGAAAAAAAGGAAAUCAUAUAAUCAUGCAAUUAAUAAUAGAAAGAAUACUAAGCAGAGAAGAAGUAAUGAUGAUCACGACGACGGCCGGUUGACGGCGACGGAGGAUUUUUCUUCCAGCUCGUUUCCUUUGCAACGACUUUAUAUGUCAUGUGUUGAUGCUUUCAAAGGUGUUGGAACUGUUCCUUCGGAUACUCAUGUUCAAAAGCUUUGUCAUAUUCUUGAUGGAAUGGUAGCAGAAGAUGUUGGAUUAAGUAGAAACUUGCAAUUCUUUAAGACAAGAAGCAUCGCUGGAGUGACUCCAAAAGUUGCAUGCACAACCAUAUACCAAUGUGAGAAAUUCUCGUUGUGUAUCUUCUUUUUGCCUGCAAACGCCGUUAUACCUCUUCAUAACCAUCCAGAGAUGACGGUAUUCAACAAGCUUUUGCUUGGUAAAGUGCAUAUUAAAGCAUAUGAUUUAGUUGACUCUACCGACUCGGAUGACUCUGUAUCCCCCUUACAACGUCAACCAAAACUGGCAAGUGUGAAAGCCGACGGCAUCUUUACAGCCCCAUGUGACACAUCUGUACUAUAUCCUACUUCAGGAGGUAACAUACAUUCCUUCACAGCUAUAACACCUUGUGCGAUACUUGACGUGAUGGGACCUCCUUAUUCUAAAAAAGACGGCCGAGACUGUUCAUACUAUAGAGAAAUUACAGACUCUGCUUUGCCAUCAGAUGAACGUGCGGUUAUGUCAGGAGAAGAAAGUGAGCGAUAUUGUUGGUUAGAAGAAAUCGAGGUUCCAAAAGAAUCGGAAAUGGAGGGAAUAGAGUAUAUGGGUCCUCAGAUAAUCGAAAUGAGUUCGUCAUUUCGUUCUCCGGUUUAAAGCUGCUGUUGAAUUUUCUUUUGAGCACGUUUUGUGUUUCUGGAAAAAGAUGGGUGUAUAGGUGUUGGUAUGACAAUCUAUAAUUACUUCUGUUUUUUUUUUAGUUAAUCCUUUCUUGGUGUUGCA